AUGGCUACAGGAACUAUUGGCUUACUCGCAGCAUUUGAUGCAAAAACUCAAACAUGGGAAGAAUAUUCUGAAGUACUGGAGCAAUUUUUCGUGGCUAAUGGAAUCGAAGACGAGGGUAAGCAAAGAGCUAUUCUCAUAAGUGUUGUGGGACCACAAACUUACAGUGUGAUGCGAAAUCUUCUUAGCCCAACAAAACCAAGUGAAAAGACUUAUCCGCAAAUGGUAACGAUGCUAAAAAAUCAUUUCAAUCCGAAGCCAAGUGAGAUUGUACAGCGGUUUAGAUUUGAUUCAAGAAUGAAGAAGCCGACAGAGACGGUGACAGAAUAUGUAGCAGAGUUGCGUCGUCUGGCACAAGAUUGUAAUUAUGGAGCAACUUUAAACCAAAUGCUGAGGGAUCGACUUGUGUGUGGCAUAGAUGAUGAUCGGAUUCAGAGAAGGUUGCUCUCAGAAGCAAAUCUGACAUUUGAGACUGCUUUUAAAAUUGCAGUAGCCACUGAAGCCGCAAGCAAAAAUGUGCUCGAUUUACAAAAUAAAUCCGGCGUACAGGCAUGUAACAGCGUCUUGUUUAAAGAGAGGAAACCUGAUCGCUGGAAAAAGGGAGAAACUGGUGAACAAAAAGAAUUCAGGGAAUGCUACAGAUGCUGUGGAACAAACCACAAAGCAAACAAUUGCAGAUUUAAGAAGGAUAAAUGUUAUGUGUGUGAAAAAAUAGGUCAUAUUGCCAGGGCCUGUCGCAACAAAAGCAAACAGAGUGAACCCGCAAUAAGUGGAAAAGGGAUUGAUAACCUUUGA